AUGGCUACUACGUUAGGCCAUGCGAGCUCCAUUAGACACCUCAAUGAGGAUGCCAAAGCACCCCAAAUUACACCAACUAAGGCAACAGCGGUAGCUCCACCCACCAUUCCUCCACUUCUAGUACCUCAUGGAGCAACAGAUGUUGCUCCAGUGGCUCAACCAGAUCACACGACCGCCAGACAACCGACACUCACUUUCUUCAUGCACGACAUCAUCGGUGGCUCCAAUCCCUCAGCUAUUGCACCGAUCAUCACCGAUCCAUUCAACGAUCCAAUUCCCUUAUCAAAGUCUGGUGGUACCAUUCCCCCUGAUGCAGGUAUUCAUAUACCCAACACCAACCCUAAACCGUCGGCAACCGACAAUAAUCCUAAUACUGGGUUUCUCUUUGAGGCUGGUCAUGAUGACACAACUACCCAAACUAAUGGCAUCCCUUGCGAUUCAGUAAUGGGACACCCUUUGCUCACAGCAACUGGUAGCCUCCAGCAUGGGACGAUCAUGGUGAUCGACGACAAGCUCACCAUAGGGCAUGAGUUCGGGUCCUUGGUAGUGGGAAAGGCACAGGGAUUCUUUGUAUCAGCCUCUGAAGAUGGGAGUAGCCUUAUGAUCAUAUUAACAGCUUUGAUGGAGGAGGGUGGGGAAUAUGGGGGUAGCAUAAGCUUCUUUGGGGUGUAUAAUAUUAAGGAGCAUGUGUCUCAAGUGGCAGUGGUUGGAGGCACCAGCAAGUACCAUGGUGCCAAGGGCUACGCGACGAUCCAAUUCCUUCCACCGACCGAGGACCACGCAAUGGAUGGUGUGCUCCAAUUCAAUGCAUACCUCACUUAG